AUGCUGCGGCUGCUCGUGGCCAGUGCCCACAUCCCCGGGGCCACCGGCUCCGGGCCGGGUGUGCACGUGUCUGCCCGCUUCAGAGGUGUCCCCAGGAGCACCCGGGUGGUGCCGGAGGAGCACAGCCCCACCUGGAACGAGACGCUGGCAUGGCCACUGGGCACGCGUCCCCUGCACCCCACGGCCAGCCUGACCCUGCGCCUCCGACACUGGGGCCAGCCGGCGCCCCGGGGGGACCUGGGUGCCACCACGGUGUCACUGGACCGGUUGGUGGCCGACCCCGGGCUGCCGCUGGCCCUCAGCCACGUCCCGCUGCUGGACCCUCAGGGACAGCCCACGGGGGUACGGGUGAGGGUCAUCGAGGGCCACCAGCUCCAGGGCAAUGACAUCAAGCCGGUGGUGACGGUCCUCAUCGGCCAGCACCGCUUCAGGACCAGGAUCCGAGUGGGGAACAACCCCUACUACAAUGAGGUGUUUUGCCAAAAUUUCCACCGGACGCCCGCCCAGCUGGCGGCGGAGCCCAUCCGCAUCCAGGUGCUGGACUCGCGGGCCACCCGCGCCAAAGCCAUCAUCGGCGUCUUCCAGUUGGAUGUCGGCACCGUCUACCGCGCACCGGGACACAGCUUGAGCUGGAAGUGGCUGAGCCUGCAGCAUCCCCAUCGUCCCGACACCGGCUCCCGGGGGUACCUCCGCGUCAGCCUGGCCGUCCUCCGCGCCGGCGAGCCGGUGCCGGAGCCGGAGGAGCCGGCGCGGGACGAGGACAUGGAGGCCAACCUGCUGCAGCCACCGCCGUGCGCCGCCACGCUCCAGCUCCGCAUCUACCGCGCCGAGGACCUGCCGCAGGCAGAGCCGGCUCGGCAAUGCCUCCCCUCGAUGCUACCGGUCGGCGGCAAGAGGGGCUUCGUGGCGGCGGCGGUGCGGGUCAGCUUCGCCGGCAGGACGGUGAUGCCCCCCGACGCCAACCCGGCGUGGAACGAGGUCUUCUUCUUCCCCCUGCGGCUACCCCCCAUCGAUGAGAUCCAGCUGGCCAUCCUCAGCGGGUCCCGCAGCAGCAAAGUCCUGGGCACCGCCACCCUCCACCUCUCCCACAUCUCCUCCGCCGGCGCCGAGCUUGAGGAGGGGACCCCCGGCUUCCUACCCUGCUUCGGACCCAGCUUUCUCCCCUUCUACGGUCCCCGGCCGGAUUCUGCGAGGACGCCCAGCACCCACACCGGGGUGGCUUAUCGGGGCCGGGUGCUGCUGGAGCUCAGCACCCACAUGGGCACCCCGGAUGGGCGCCAGCGAGACACCAUCGCCCCCGAGGACGUCGCUCAGGUGCAGCGUCUCCUGCCCCGCCGCCGGUUCGGGCUGUGUGGGGUCUUUUAUUCGGCCACCAUGGUGCCAGCCGGCCCCGAGCUCCUGCGCUUCGAGCUCAGCCUCGGCAAUUACGGGGACGCGGGCGAUGUCACCUGCAAGCCGGCCGCCUCCGUCACCCCGCACGGUUGUCCCCUCUUCGAUGGCAACCGCUAUCACUACCUGCCGUGGUACGGUGACAAACCGGUGGCGGCUGUCACCUCGUCCUGGGAGGACGCCGGUCACCGUUGGGAUGCCCUAAACCUCCUGCGUGCCAUGUGCCGGCGGUUGGAGAGGAACGUGGCGGAGCUGCGGAGCGCCCGUGGGGACACCCGGGGGGACAUCGGCAGGAGGCUGCUACGUCAGCUGGCGCAGGACUGCGGGCGGGCACUGCCCCGGCUGGAAGCGCAGCCCACCCCCACGCCACUGGACGCCCACCUCCGGGCCGCCCGUCUUCACCUCCUGCGGCGCGUGGCGGCGGCGGCGGCGGUGCCAUCAAGAGCCGGCUGGGACAAGUUGCUGCCGGUGGCCGAGGGCUGGCUGGGACGUGUGGCCGCCCUGGCUGUCGAGCCACAGGCCGGCGUGCCUGACGUGCUGCUGUGGCUGCUGCGGGGGGACCGGCGAGUGGCCUGCGCCCGUAUCCCCGCGCCCGACCUCAUGUUCUCCCGGAGUGGCCCCGGUGCUUGUGGCAGGCUCUGCGGCCGGAUCCAGACCCUCUUCCUGGUGGGCUCCGGGGACAUCCGUGCCCAGCUCCGGCUCCGGCUGUGGCUGGGACGGGUGGCGGACAGCGGGGACCUGCCACGGCACCUCGAGGGCACCCUGCGCGUCUACGCCGAGACGUACGAAAACCAGACCAAGCUGUUGGGCAAGUGGGGUCCCCGGGGGCUUCUGGGGCGCCCCAGCUUCUCCGACAGCGCCGGCAAAGCGGGGCUCCCCCGCCACCGGAUCCGGCCCCCCAAGGGCUGGCACUGGGACGGACCCUGGACCGUGGAACCCCAGCGGCGGCUGCUGCUGGACACGGAGACCAACGUGGGCGAGGUGUUGGAGGAGGUCUACGAGAACGAGAGCCGGCGGCUCGGCGGGGAGUGGGGACCCGCCGCCGUGGCCAGCACCGAUGCCAGCGGCGCGGCGGUGCCACCCAAGGAGGAGGUGGCAUGUCCCCAAGGCUGGCACGUCACCGACGGCUGGCGGGUGGACGUGACGGGGGCUGUGGAUGAGGCCGGUUGGGAGUAUGGGGCGAGCGCGGGCCCCGGCAGCCCCCCGCCGGCAUGGCACGCCGCCGAGAAGACGUACCACACGCACCGGCGCCGGCGCUGGCUGCGCACCCGCCGCAGGGACCCCGGCGCCCAGGGACGGGAGCAGGACGUGGCCGCCUUCCUCCGUCUGCAUGGCCCCGAGGCGGCGGCGGGGGCCGAGGCCUGGGAGUAUGGGCCCCUCUGGGGCUGCCGCUUCCACCUCCAGCCCCGGGCGGGUGACGUGUGCCGGCGGCGUUGCUGGCACCGGAGCAUGGUGCCCACGCAGCCCCCGGCCGUGGCACCCCUCUUCCUCCUGGAGGGCACCCCGGGCACAGAGGACCCCGCCGAGGAGGACGAGACGGCUGUGGCCAAGCGACAGGCGCGGGGUUCCUCCCGGACCCCCCCCCAGCAGUCCGUGCCCCUCAUCCUCUGCACCUUCCCACGGCCCAACUUCUUCCAGCUCCGCUGCUACAUCUUCCAGGCGCUGGAGCUGGCACCCCGCGGCACCAGGGCCACCGCAGACCCCGUCGCCCACGUCUCCUUCGUGCACGUCAGCCAGAGCACGCGGGUGCUGCCCGGCACCCUGGACCCCCUCUGGGAUCAGACGCUGCUUUUUCACCGGGUGCUGCUCUACGGGGACCCCCGGGGUGUCCGGGAUGAGCCCCCCGCCGUGGUGGUGGAGGUCUUCGACCAGGAUGGAGGGGUACGGCACCCAUGGGUGGGGGGCACCCAUGGGAUGGGUCCCUGGCGCAGGUCAGCACCCCCGCCUUGGAGGCAGGGGGUCUUCAGCGUCCCCAUGGGCGUCCGGCCCCUCCUGCGGCUGGUGGCACUGGAGGUGCUGGCGUGGGGGCUGCGGGGGCUGCGCGGUGGCGUGCGGGCACCCAGCCUGGAGGUGCAGUGCGGGGGCCGGACCCUGCGGACCCCCACCAUCACCGACCUUGCCGCCAACCCCAAUUUCCCCAUCAACGCCUUCCUGCUGACACUGAACCUGCCGGCAGAGGAGGAGUACGUGCCCCCCAUCCGGCUGCGGGUGCUGGACACGCGGGAUUUCGGGUACCGGCCCGAGGUGGGGCAGGCCUGCGUGCGGGGUCUGGGGCAGUACUGCUGCCCGCCCCACGGCAGGACCCCAUCCCUGCCCCACGCCGCCCACCUCCAGCACGGUUUAUUUGCCCGUCUCCCCGCCACAGCCGCUCCCUGGGGCAAGAUAGCUCAGAUACUGCCCAGGAUCACCACCGAGAAGGCGGCUGUCAACAAGGCUGCAGAGGAGGAGGAGGAGGAGGAUGAAGAUGAGGAUGACUGGUGGAGCAAAUUCUACGCGGCCAUGGGGGACAAGGCAAAGAGCCGGCGGGGGACCAACAGGGACAGACUGAAGAUCUACAGCUGCGAGCUGGAGGCGGUGCCCGAAUUCGAGGGGCUGCAGGAUUUCUGCCAGACCUUCCCUCUCUACCAGCCGGGGGGUCACCCCACAGCGGGGGAAGACCCCGUCCCCGUGGGCGAGUUCAAGGGGCUUUUCCGUAUCUACCCCCUGCCCGAGGACCCCGGGGUGCCCCCGCCACCACGCCACUUCCAGGAGCUGCCCCCCAGCCAACCCCAAAAGUGCCUGGUGCGGGUCUACGUCGUCCGGGCCUUCGACCUGCCCCCCCGCGACAGGAACGGGCUGUGUGACCCCUACAUCCGUGUCUCGCUGGGGACGAAGACGCUGGGCCAGCGGGACCAGUACGUGCCCAACACCCUGGAGCCUGUUUUUGGCAGGAUGUUCGAGGUGACGGGCACCAUCCCGCUGGAGAAGGACCUGCGGGUCUCACUGCUGGACUACGACCUGCUGCCACCCGACCAGGAGAUCGGUACCACCACCAUCGACCUGGAGAACCGCCUGCUCUCCCGCUUCCGCGCCCACUGCGGGCUGCCCACCCGCUACCGCACCACUGGCCCUGGGCGCUGGAGGGACCAGCUGCCCCCCAGCCGGGCACUGGAGCACUUCGCCCGCACCCGGGGGCUGCCAGCACCUGAGUUCAGCGCCGAGGGCACCGCCGUCACCUUCGGGGACCACACCUUCCUCCUCAGCCAGUUCGAGAGCGGCCCCCCCAUGCACCGGCACCCCGGGGCGCCCCGCGAGCGCUUGGCCCUGCACGUGCUCCACGCCUGUCACCUUGUCCCCGAGCACCUCGAGACCCGCACCCUCUACAACAGCACCCAGCCUGGGCUGGAGCAGGGCAAGGUGCAGAUGUGGGUGGACAUCUUCCCCGCCAGCCUCGGCCCCCCCGGCCCCGCCGUCAACAUCACCCCCCGCAAGCCCCAGAGGUACGAGCUGCGCUGUGUGGUCUGGAACACGCGGGACGUGGACCUGGGGGACACCAACCUGAUGGGACAGCGGAUGAGUGACAUCUACGUCACCGGGUGGCUGGACGGGCUGGAGGAGCAGCGGCAGAGGACGGACGUGCAUUACCGCUCGCUGCAGGGGGACGGGGGCUUCAACUGGCGUUUCGUCUUCUCCUUCGACUAUCUGGCAGCUGAGCAGCUCUGCAUCCUGCCCCGGAAGGAGCAUUUCUGGAGCCUGGACGAGACGGUGCUGAAGGUGCCCCCCAAGCUCAUCCUCCAAGUGUGGGACAACGACAAGUUUUCGGCCGAUGAUUUUCUGGGUGUCCUAGAGCUGGAGCUCACCAGGCUGCCGCAGCCGGCACAGCACCCCCAGGCCUGCACCCCAACACCGCAGGGGACCCCCCAAAGCCCCUGGCCGUGGCGGGGGACGCGGGCCCCCUCCCGGCUCUCCCUUUUCCGGCAGAGACGGGUGAGGGGGUGGUGGCCCUGCACCGUUCAGGAGGGCAGCAAGCGGCGCCUCUCGGGUAAGCUGGAGCUGAGCCUGGAGCUGCUGACGGCAAAGGAGGCGGAAGAACGGCCGGCGGGGAAAGGCCGGGAGGAUCCCAACAUGUACCCAACGCUCCCGGCACCCGUCCGGCCGGAGUGGUCGUUCCUGUGGCUGCAGGCGCCUCUGCGCAGCCUACGCUACGGCGUCUGGCGGCAACACCGCUGCCGGAUCAGCCUGGGGCUGGCGUUGCUGCUGCUCCUCGCCCUGCUCCUCGUCUUCAUCUACGCCGCCCCGGGUUAUUUGGCCAUGAAGCUCAUUAACCCUAUCCAGAGCUUGCACUUCACCGGCGGCGAGCGUCCCGCACCCAGCACGGGCAAGACCGACGAGGUCCCCGGGGACAAAGGCGGCUGCGACAACCGGCAAGAGAAACGCAGAGAAAUCAUUGACCAAAAGCAGUCACCGACUGAGGUAGGAAUAAACUACGACUCCCUGAAAGGCAGCGAGGGCUCCGGCUCCGAGAGGCAGGGGAAUCACCCCACGAGGCUCAGCUCCUCCUCGGAGGGGCCCCGGGAUGCAGCGAGCACCGAGGGGAAAAGCUGCCAGAAGCCACGACAUGACAUGCAAACAGCACCGGUGCAGGAGGCCGCGCCGGGACGGGAGGCGUGCGGAGGCGGUGGCGUGAUCGGCGGCAGCCCUACGGAGGGGGGAGAGGGGCUGAGCCCCGAGACGCAGCAGCAAACGGUCAUUAAAAAGGGGGAACCCAGCAUUACACCCCGAACCGGGAAGGGGUCUGGCAGUGAGGGGCUGCCCCAGGUCAGCUUCGGAGGGGACCGGCUGCUCCCCAAGGGGCGAGCCCGGCAGCCAGGCAGGUUCCCAGCUUGA